CAGAUAUUCGUUACAACCAAAUGCUCUGCUUCUCAAGAUCACUUGUUUCUUGAACCGAUUAUCCACAUAAGACAACUGCUUUAUGAAAUUAUCCUUUCAUAAUGCCUCAAGAUCGUCGACCUUCAGUACCUUUAAUACGUUGUAAGAUCAUGCGAAAGAACAAAUACCUUGAUGGAUUACUAAUGGCAGGACCUUUCAUUAUAUGUUUUGUUCUAUUUGGGACUAUGAACCUGAUUGCUGGAACAUUUCUAACUUUAAUGGCCUAUAAAUCUCGCUUACCGAUGGUGAGUUCUACCUACAGCGAAGAUUUUCUAAAAUCUUACAGUGAAAAAAUGGAACAUUUAUUCGACCCGCUGAAAAUUGUUGGACCUAUACUUCUUGUCACUGGUUUCAUGUUGCUGGUUAUAGGACUUCUGCUGGGAACCAUAGCGUGUAAAUCAUCUGUCCACGCCGCUUGGAAGGAACCACGUCUGUCACCUUUGUCUUGUUUUCAACUCUCACACAUGAAUGAUUCUCAGAGGUUAAGACUACAGGUAACCAGCAACACAAAACGAAAAUCAAGUCUGUGUCCAACACAGAAACAAGUCUCAAGACUGAACCCAGCCUUUCUGACGACUCUUGACGUCACUGCUGAUGUACAUAUUUCACCUUGUACUUCGAGAACUGACAAGAUAAACUCCAAAGCUCCACCAGAGGAUAUAACUCACGAUGUUAUGGCCCAUGAUACAGCUGGUUCUAAUAUUGAGAAGAUCAAUCACUGACUUAAAUAUUACUAUAUGAUUAACAACGUUGUUAAUUUCAUUCUUUGUAUCUGUACUGACUUCACUAUCUGUGCUUCUGUGUUAAUAU